ACCAAGACUCCCGAUCACUUCACUCACGCUCGUUACUUGUUAAUCCCGCAUUUUGUGUUUCUGUUUGACGUCAGGGGGUAGUAAAGAACUUUCACUGGAGCCACUGUACAGUACCUAUACCCUUCUAUUCGCUUUCGAGAUUUGGCGGGAGUUUCUGUUUCUCUUCAUCAAGCUUCGCUCUGCUCCGGUCUGCCUGCACACGAAAUGCACGCCUCCAGCUUUACCAACAGCUUGGUUGCUGUCCUUGCGCUCUGGAACAAUGCCGUCUCUGCCAUUGCCGUUCCUCGAGCUGGUGAGUGGUUCCCUUGACUUGACCUCAGUUCAAUGAUUAAUUGUGUACGAGUACUAACAAUUGGCACAAUAGAUUCGGAUCUCACACCUUGGGUCUCGGUCGAUGCGAGUGGUUUACCUGUUGCGACCAUCACACCCCUUGUCACUUCGACCAAUGGCGUGGCCACCACUAUGAGCGCUGCCCCGGCAGAAUUGACUGCGACGACGACAAGUCAGACGGAUAAGAAGCCUACGGUAACUCCAGGCGCGCCUGCGCCUACCUCGACUGGUGGGGGAUCAUUCCAGGUCUGUCAGAAUAUGGACGGGAACUAUGCGCCCUUCUGCAAGCCAGAGAAUGGAUCGAGUGUUUAUAUUGGAGAAACAUAUUAUGGUACGUUAACAAACUUCCCCAGGUUGGUAGGAUGAUCAUUGAUGUGAAAAUAGUAAAUUGGGACACCCAUUUCUUCGCCAUGAAGAACGCCUCGGUUCUCGUACAAGCCAAUUACGUAAACGCAACCGGCCCAGAUGGAAUUACGGGCGGCAUCCAAGCCUACCAAUCACCACCAACAGCCAACGCCUUUGGAUUCAUUGCUUGGACAAUCGACAGCGUAUGGUUGAAGGGAAUGAAGGCAAACAACGUCACUCUCUUCAUCGUCCCUUUGAAUCCCAUCGCCAACGAACCCACAAGUUUCCAAGGCCCAACGUUGGAAGUCACAAACCGACCAAAAGAAUAUUACCACCCUGGCAAACCGAAAAAACCAAAGGCACAAGACAUAUACAUCGCCCUCCCAACAGUCUUCGGUUUCAUCAUGCUCUGUGUUGUCGGAGGUUACUUCUGGAACCGGAACCAACGAAAAAUUGGUCUUGGAAACAUCAUGGGUCGUAGAAAGGGUUACGGCGUCGGAAAGUCUCGAUCCCAAAGGUUAGGAUUGGGAAAGAAGAAGAGCGGAGCAAUCAGAUUACAGGAGCGCGAUUUGAGUGCAGGGACACAAUACAGAGAUACCCCGCAACGCCGAGCAGCAGGGCAUGCCAGAGCGGAUUCCGAGUCUUUGGGGAGUCUGGUUGGAACACCCACGGAAGAUCGAGAUGGUUAUUUCACGGAUGAGAUGAACCCGCAGGCACGGGCCAGACGUUAA